GGGAUUUCCUGUGGACGGCGAGUGUGAGAGAUCAGUGUAGCACAGAGAGUUGUUGUCUGUAGUUGUGGCUGUGUCUCCUGAUAUCUGGAAAUAUCAAGGAAGGGCUAAUUGCUUGUGGAUUAUUGAACGUAGGUGGAGGUUCUAUUCCUUGAGUUUAAUCGAUUGACAGGAUACUUCACAAGAUGCUUCUACCGUAUCUGGGAGAUAAUUCUAUGAGGUGUUGACACCGUCUGGGUGGUUCGGAGGAAAGGAGAGGUGGUAUGUUGAUGCUGCGUUUGUUGACAGUGGAUUGAUACCUUGUAUUACUAUGUCGAUCCUUCAUGGAGACUUGGAACUGGAAGUGGUGAGAGGAGAGGAUCUCAGUGACAAAGAUCAUAUAUAUCAAAUCAUCCCUGGAGAAUGGUCGGACGUGUGGGUAACUGUGUUGCUGGGAACAGAGGACAUACUUACCACAGGAGUUCGUAAGAACGCCGUGAAUGCGGUGUGGGGCGAGCGCACCAUCAUUCCUGUAUGUGAGGCCGCCAACUUUCUGAAAGUUAACGUGUGGGAGAAAGAUCGCAUUCGAUCCAAGUGUGUGGGAUGUGGUCGUGUGGCCCUGGGUGAUACAAACAAGGCCUGGAGUAAGGAUGGUCCUGUAUAUCUCGAGGGAGGGAAAAGAAGAGUCGUGAUGAAGAUCAGAUAUACCCCAGCAGCUCAGGCACUGCAGGAGGGUAUGGAGAUGCCCAGGUCGUACUUCCCAAUGCGGAAGGGUGGGUCGUUCACUCUAUACCAAGAUGCACACUUCAGUAAUAUUCCUGGGAUAGUUACGCCGCGGGAAGGCGUUUUCAAAGCCAUGGCGGACACUUUCCGCCGAGCGAGGAAGUUUAUUUACAUUGCCGCCUGGAGUCUAUGGACGGGCACCAGGCUGGAACGUGACAAGGAAACCCUGGGGGAGCUGCUGAAGCAGAAAGCAGCAGAAGGAGUACGAGUUCUCAUACUCAUCUGGAACGAAUUACUCUCGGUGGGACUUUGCGCCGGGCUCUUUCAAACUUAUGACGAGAACACAGAUCGAUACUUCGAAAAUACAAAUGUUCACGUCGCCAAGACGACACGAAAACGAAUCACAGCUUCCGUAGUGAGAAAGAAGCUGGUUGAGGCAGUGUGGUCCCACCACCAGAAACUCAUAGUAGCCGACGAUGGGGAAAAUGGUCUGGUGGCUUUCGUGGGCGGUCUAGACAUAACCAAAGGCCGCUGGGAUACGCCAGACCACAACCUCUUCACCACACUGGCCCGCGAACACCGCGGGGACUUUCACAACGGAAUCAUCAAAGUGAAAGAAAGCCAAGGACCCCGGGAACCCUGGCACGAUGUCCACGCUCGCCUCACAGGACCAGCGGCCAUCGAUCUCCUCAGGAACUUUGAAGAAUGCUGGAGGAAACAGGUGCCUAAGAAGGUCCAUUUGCUGGUUCAGACUUACGAAGACGACAUCGUACCUGAUUUACGAAGAAUGGAGGACAAAAAUAUCUGGCAAAUGCAGGUGGUGCGGUCAAUCGAUGGCAAUUCUGCCAUGUUCAGCAGUGGGCGUGUGGGCGUGCUUGACACCACAGGUGGGCGUGUGAUUGAUGCAAGCAUCCAUAGAGCUGUAGUUCGUCUCAUCAGAAGAGCACAAAAAUUUAUUUAUAUUGAAAAUCAGUUCUUCGUGGGAUCGUCGAAGGCCUGGGAGGAGACCAGCAGCCUGUGUGAGCUAGAUCGGGCUGGUGAGGACUUCCGUGUGUAUAUUGUUACAAUGUUGCCCGGGGUAAUCCAGAGCCAACCCACUUGUGAGCUAGAUCGGGCUGGUGAGGACUUCCGUGUGUAUAUUGUUACAAUGUUGCCCGGGGUAAUCCAGAGCCAACCCACUUCUUGUGUUACGUGGUUUAAUUGUGUUACGUGGUUACAGAAGGAGUCGCAGAGGCACGUGAUGCAGUCAGGAGGCCAGGAAAUGCCUCUUCCUGGCACUCUGGAGUAUAAAUGGCGACUCAAGUCCCGCUUCCUCAUCUACGUCCACUCCAAGAUGGCUCUGGCUGACGACUCUCACAUCGUAAUCGGCUCUGCUAACCUCAACCAGCGUUCCUUGGACGGUACUCGCGAUACCGAGGUAGCAGUAGCUGCUUGCCAGGUUCGUGCCAACGACUCAACCACAGAAGAAGCCGUUGAAGACGGGGCUGUCAGGGAUUUCCGUAGAUCACUGUGGGCGGAACACACGUCAGGUCUGUCAGAGGAGGACGCAGCACUGACAGACCCAGCCUCACUGACAGCCAUCACCAGGAUCAGAGAGUUGGCUGACGAUGCCUUGAACAAAUAUAUUGACGAUUCCUUUGACAAUGAACACAGAAUCCGCUUUCUUAGGUAUCCACUACAAGUGAGUGCUGACGGGACAGUACAGACGUGCCCAGACCUGCCCAACAUACCUGACUUUGAUGUGCCAGUGGUGGGUGCCAGGGGUGUGCUGCCUUCCACCCCUGCUCUCUAAGUCAUCUGGUGGAGUGCUGCCUUCCACCCCUGCUGUCUAGGAGGGCAGCUGGUGGAGUGCUGCCUUCCACCCCUGCUCUAUAAGUCAUCUGGUGGAGUGCUGCCUUCCACCCCUGCUCUCUAAGUCAUCUGGUGGAGUGCUGCCUUCCACCCCUGCUCUCUAAGUCAUCUGGUGGAGUGCUGCCUUCCACCCCUGCUCUCUAAGUCAUCUGGAGGAGUGCUGCCUUCCACCCCUGCUGUCUAGGAGGGCAGUUGGAGUGCUGCCUUCCGCUCCUGCCAUCUAGAAGGGCAGCUGGUGGUGUGCUGCCUUCCACCCCUGCCGUCUAGGAGAGCAGCUGGUGGAGUGCUGCCUUCCACCCCUGCUAUCUAGGAGAACAGCUGGUGGAGUGCUGCCUUCCACCCCUGCCGUCUAGGAGGGCAGCUGGUGGAGUGCUGCCUUCCACCCCUGCCGUCUAGGAGGGCAGCUGGUGGAGUGCUGCCUUCCACCCCUGCUAUCUAGGAGAACAGCUGGUGGAGUGCUGCCUUCCACCCCUGCCGUCUAGGAGAGCAGCUGGUGGAGUGCUGCCUUCCACCCCUGCCGUCUAGGAGAGCAGCUGGUGGAGUGCUGCCUUCCACCCCUGCCGUCUAGGAGAGCAGCUGGUGGAGUGCUGCCUUCCACCCCUGCCGUCUAGGAGAGCAGCUGGUGGAGUGCUGCCUUCCACCCCUGCCGUCUAGGAGAGCAGCUGGUGGAGUGCUGCCUUCCACCCCUGCCGUCUAGGAGGGCAGCUGGUGGAGUGCUGCCUUCCACCCCUGCCGUCUAGGAGGGCAGCUGGUGGAGUGCUCCCCUUCCACCCCUGCCGUCUAGGAGGGCAGCUGGUGGAGUGCUGCCUUCCACCCCUGCCGUCUAGGAGGGCAGCUGGUGGAGUGCUGCCUUCCGCCCCUGCCGUCUAGGAGGGCAGCUGGUGGAGUGCUGCCUUCCACCCCUGCCGUCUAGGAGGGCAGCUGGUGGAGUGCUGCCUUCCACCCCUGCUAUCUAGGAGAACAGCUGGUGGAGUGCUGCCUUCCACCCCUGCCGUCUAGGAGAGCAGCUGGUGGAGUGCUGCCUUCCACCCCUGCCGUCUAGGAGAACAGCUGGUGGAGUGCUGCCUUCCACCCCUCCCGUCUAGGAGGGCAGCUGGUGGAGUGCUGCCUUCCACCCCUCCCGUCUAGGAGGGCAGCUGGUGGAGUGCUGCCUUCCACCCCUCCCGUCUAGGAGGGCAGCUGGUGGAGUGCUGCCUUCCACCCCUGCCGUCUAGGAGGGCAGCUGAUGGAGUGGCUUCAACCACUGGAAAUUAACGCGCACCUUUCGGUCCGUCCAGUGACUGACGAUGGUUCACCAGAUACCGAAACCUCGUCCUAAGAUUCGCUCUCUAAGUGGCGAUUUUUGAGAUGAAUUUCUUCUCUGCCAGGAUUUAUGUUCUUUUCUGCCAGGAUUUAUGUUCUUUUCUGCCAGGAUUUAUGUUCUUUUCUGCCAGGAUUUAUGUUCUUUUCUGCCAGGAUUUAUGUUCUUUUCUGCCAGGAUUUAUGUUCUUUUCUGCCAGGAUUUAUGUACCUUUCUGCCAGGAUUUAUGUUCUUUUCUGCCAGGAUUUAUGUUCUUUUCUGCCAGGAUUUAUGUUCUUUUCUGCCAGGAUUUAUGUUCUUUUCUGCCAGGAUUUAUGUACCUUUCUGCCAG